UAUUAUCUAUAGUCUUCAAGACAGGAUGAAGAAUGAUGAAAUGCAUUCAAAAGCGUUAGAACUAGAACACAUGACAUUUGAGAACGAAAGACUGCAAGCUGACUUAGCUAAAAUGGAAAAGGUUUGACCAAUUUUCUCAGAAACUUUAAUACAUUUUGGAUAUUGCAAUUUCUUGUUUCCAUUCCAAUAACGUAUUGGUGUAUUUCAGAUACUUAAAGAAAAACAGAGGAAAGCAAAAAACUUCUAUCUCCAUUCUCAAGAAUCGCAGAAAAAGGUGGUGGAACGCUUAUCUCAGGAGGAGGUAUGUAAGAAGUUCCCAAAUGCUGCAUAUGUUAUCCCUGUUGAUGUAUAAUGACUAUCCAGUUGCGUUACUUCGUACAGGAUACAGUUGCUGCAUUACGUGAAGAAGUUUCAACGAAAGAGUUAAAUAUCAGCGAACUCAAGAGUUCUAUGAAACAA